CUAGUCUAGAUAAAUUACGAUAGUUCCUUAUGAAUUAUCCCAGUUUUUGAACAAGAAAGCGAGCUAGUCACCCCAAAACAUUAUUAUCUCGCAUCGUUGAAGUGUAUUGAAAUAAGUGAUAAGGAAGUGAUAGUGAACCGAGGAGGAUUGUUUGCGGUUUUUUUUUCUAGUGUUUACAAAUGAUAAAAUAAUAUUUACAACUCGUAGACUAGAUGAAAAAUGCAUACCCACACAUUGAGUGGACAGCUGAUUCGUGUCCGUAUUAUAAUGGUGAACGAACGGGUUUAGCAACGACACUCACAAGCAACCACCAUCGAACGAUCCCUACUUGGGAGUUUGUAGUCAAUCAAAGUGACUUUCAUUCAGUCGUCGACGUUGGGCGCUAAGUGCGAAAGUAAGCCUGCAGUCAGGGGCCUUUUUUGGAUCACGGUGUUAUUAUCUUAAUUAUAAACUGUUUGGAAAGCUAGAGAUUUUUUCCUAAAGACCUAUCAGUAAAUUAAUAUCGAAUUAAAAUGGCCAGUAUCGAUACAACCAUACUACCGUUCGAAGAGAAACCCUUAUACGUGCCAUCAUUGGACGAGGUGUGCAAGGGAUAUAAAAGUGGCGACGAGGAUCAUGGAAACGCGUGUUGGAGAUAAUCGUUUUUCUUUGGGGUGGCGAAUUGCCAAUUUCAUUUGUUUUGAAAAGUGUGGUGAAAUUGCCGAUAUGAGUUGAACCAAAUUGUUCUUUAGAGCUGACGAAAUCGUUGUUUAUUGUGAACAAAGUUGUUCUUUAGUAAAGCGAUUGCUGUAUUGAGAUGAACGGAAUUGUUCUUUAGUGUUGACGAAUUUGUCAAAUGUAAUUUUGAGCAGUGUGAAUACGAAUGUUUUGUUGUAAAUAAUCAAAUUUGUGAUAUGAAGAUGAAAUUGUGGAAUUUUCUAGUCGUGGCUUCUGGGCUGAAAUCUAAUUUUGAAACUGUGCAAGUUGAAGUCGUAGAUUGUCCAAACUUAACGGAGGAUCCAUUCCAUCUAGCGAGUCAAGGACUCAAUGGCAGCCCCACUCUUCUGGAAAUUGGAGGCCCUCCGUACCUUCUUCCUCACGUGGAUUACACCAAACUCUACGAUCUGGUGGCCAUUUCCGAACGGGCACUUAAUGUAACAAAAAAGGAGUUCCUUGCAAUAGGAGCUGGAGCCGGUCCAUAUCCGUAUGUCGACUCCAAUUGUGAAGGCAUGUUCAACCUGAAAGUCCAUGCCAAUGGACACGUUUUAAGCGAAAGCCACCUUGCGCGAGUAACACCAGACAGGAAAAAAGUACUUCUUGAAAAGAUUCCCAAUACGGAAACUCGUUGCGCGCUUUUGGGUAACAUCUUCCUUAGCGAAGGCAAGCCCGGAAAAGUUCUCAAGGUCAAGUGUAAGAAGCGCACUGGAAACAAGGAUUUCAUCGCUAGUAUUCGCACUACCUUGGAACAGCACUACGGCGAACGCACUGUUGGCAUGGGAGGUGUAUUUCUGCUGAAAAAUGGGAAAGCCAAGCAACACGUGAUGUCGCCAUUUUCCGAAACCGCCAUUUAUACAGAAGACGAGUUGAACAGCUGGCUGAAUUUCUUCGACAUGUCUGCAACGCUGAUCGCCGUUGGAACCCUGGUAACAAACGAGUGCGAUCUGGACCUGCGUUUGCAGCACUUCCACAGCUUCUCCAGACAUGGGGAAGGUGGUCACUAUCACAUCGAUACGACCCCGGAUACGGUCGAGUACGAGGGUUAUUUCAAUUUGGGAGAAAAAAUUGUACGGGUCGACAAACCAGUCAACACUCACAAAUUCGGACGUGAUUGAUGUUCUACUAUGGAACAAGUCUCAAUAAAAAAAAAUCAAGCAGAAGUUCAAAGCUCAUCGGUAAUUAAAUGCCUUAUUAAUGUUUCUUUCGAAUGAUAGAUAACCGAA